GUGUUGGCAUUCCUACAUGGGCUGCUCACAUUCCAUCAUCUGACCUUUGAACUGACUCAGGAUUUCAUGCCCUAUAAACAGCAGCUUCAGUUAAGCUUGCAGCACACGAGGAAUCACUUCAUGGGCACUCGAGAGGAGAUGGAGGAUCUCAUGAAAAGAAUGAAAGAAGCUCCACAAACCUGCAAGCUACCAGGACAGCCCACCAUUGAAGGCUACCUCUACUCUCAGGAGAAACGUGCUCUGGGAUUCUCCUGGGUGAAAUACUACUGCAAAUAUGUGAAAGACACCAAAAUUCUAACCAUGAUCCCAUGUGAUCCAAAACCUGGGGUGAAGCAAGAAUUCAAGCUGAAAUCCUGCGUUAGAAGGAAAUCGGAAUCCAUCGAUAAGCGAUUCUGCUUUGAUAUAGAGAUGUUUGAAAGGCAAGGCCCUGUCACACUCCAAGCGCUCUCAGAAGCCAACAGAAGCUUAUGGAUUGAAGCAAUGGAUGGCAAAGAACCA